AUGGACACAUCCUCACCUGCUCCCCAGGCUGCGCCAGUAGCUGCUGCUACCGCAAAUACGGCUGGAUUGCAACCUGAUGCAAUUGCUGAGGCACAGGCAAAGGCUCAGGCAGCUUUAGCUCAAUACUUGGCCCAGUCAAAAUUUCCAUGUACAACACGUAUGAAAUUUCAGAGCAAAAAUCUGGCACUGCAACACUCGCAGCUGCAGCAGAAGAAAGAAGAGAAGAAAGAUAAUACACGUCCCAUCAGCAGCACUCCUGUUAGUGGAACUGCUUGGUGUGUAGUAUGGACUGGAGAUGGAAAGGUAUUUUUCUACAAUCCAUCAACAAAGACUUCCGUUUGGGAGAGACCACCUGAAAUGUACGGAAGAGCUGAUGUUGAUGUUCUUGUCAGCAAAUGUCCUGAGGUCAAAAAGGAUGAACCCGAACAUGCGAAUGCUGAAGGUGAUUCUGAUGGCUCUGAUGAAGAAACUGAAGAUGGAGGACCACCGAAGAAGAAGAGUCGUUCCGAACGCAAAAAGGAAGCUCUGCUAGCUCAGCAGAAAAAGGAUAAGGAGAAACCUGUCCGCCAAAUGCUAGAGAAACCAAUAGAUCCAGCAGUUCAAGCUGAGCUGCAGGCGCAGCGUGAUCGUGAGAAGAUGCCUCUCGAAGAACGUCUUAUGCAGUUCAAAACUAUGCUUGGUGAGAAAGGUGUGGCUACUGGAAGCACAUUUGAGAAGGAGCUUUCAAAAAUUGUCUUCGAUCCUAGAUAUCUGCUUCUUAGUGCUACUGAAAGAAGAGCGUGCUUCGAUGCCUAUGUUCGCGAGAAGCUAGAGCAAGAGCGCGCUGAGAAGAAACGCCGCAUGAAAGAGGCCAAGGAGAAAUCUUCGUUCUCAUCUUUUGGUUCGAAAUUUGGCAAAGACCCGCGCUUCAAAGCUGUGGAAAAGAUGCGCGAUCGAGAAGAUCUUUUCAACGAGUAUAUGCGCGAUCGCGAAGAUCUCUUCAACGAGUAUGUAGGUGAGCUUCAUAAGAAGGAGAAAGAAGAACGUAGAGAAAAGAAGGAAAAGGCAAAGAAGGAGUUUAUGGCUCUCCUUGCUGAACAGACAAGUUUCACAAGAAAGACAAAAUGGUCUACUGCAAAGAAACUUCUUGAGAAUGAUGAAAGAUACAAAGCUGUGGAAAGCUCGUCGUCUAGAGAACAGAUGUUCCGCGAUCACGUGGAAAAACUAGGAGACGAAAGUUUAUCAGAUAUUGAGGAAGAGGCUGAACGCGAAAAG